ACCCAUAACCCACCUCCAACUCACCCCCCAUGGCCUACCGCGGCAGACGACGAGGGCGCAGCGGUGGCCACCACCGGUACCGAGGUGACGGUAGUGGAGGACGCGGGGGCGCGCUCGCUUGGCCGGCUCCGGGCGCGUCGACCCCGCCGGUGCCGUACGGCCAGCCAGAGACGGCCGUGUACCUCGACCCUGCCGCGACGAUGCCGCCCCGGUGCGUCUACCAGCACGCCGUCGUCUUCCGCGGUGCCGCGCCGUUCACCUUCCGCGCGUCUCCCUUCAGGCCAGCACCGCCACCAACGCCAGAGACGGUGUCCGUCCACUUGGUCUCCAAGACCGCGCCCGCGGCGGCGGCAGGGGUCACGGCCUCAAAGGAGGCUGCUCCCGAUGUCGACCUCGACCUCGCGCCGGUCUCCAACAAGGGGCCCAUCGCCAAGAUGGUGAUGAUCCGCGCGAACCACUUCCUCGCCGACAAUAACUUCAUCCACUGCGAGGUUUCUAUUAAUCCAGAGUCAAAAUCAAGAGCUACAAACAGGGAUGUACUCAGUGAGCUGAUCAAGCUGCAUGGGAAUAAAUCCCUUGGCGGCAAGUUACCUGCUUAUGAUGGAAGAAAGAGUCUUCAUACUGCAGGUUCACUUCCUUUUGAAUCAGAGGAGUUUGCUGUUACGCUGGUUGCUCCAGAAAAAAAAGAUAAAGAAAGGGCCGAAAGGGAGUGUAAGAUCACCAUUCGUAUUGCCGGGAGAACAGGCUUGUUCGACCUUCAGCAGUUUCUGGCUGGAAGAGAGAGGGAUUUGCCUCAAAAAACCAUCCAAGUACUGGAUGUUGUGCUCAGGGAGUCACCAUCUUGGAACUAUGUCACAAUACCCAGAUCCUUUGUCUCUACCACGUUUGGUCACCGAGGAGACAUUGGUGAAGGAUUAGGGUGCUGGAGAGGUUACUACCAGAGCCUGCGUCCAACACAGAUGGGGCUCUCCGUCAAUAUAGAUAUAUCUGCAACAUUCUUUUUCAAGCCAGUGACGGUGAUCCAAUUUGUGCAAGAGUUCCUCAACUUACGUGACAAGUCACGUCCUUUGAUUGACAGGAACCGUGUGAAGAUAAAGAAAGCACGAGGAGUACGCGUUGACCAAAUCAGAAGAUACAACAUAACAGUGCUUACACCUAUCCCCAUGAACCAGCCAAUAUUUCCUGUUGAUGGGAGAGGAACCAGGAUGACAGUUGUUCAGUACUUCACGCAAAGAUACAACUACAGACUGCAAUAUACUUCUUGGCCCUGCCUACAGUCUGGAAGUGAUUCUCGACCUGUAUAUUUGCCUAUGGAGGUUUCUAUUAAUCCAGAGUCAAAAUCAAGAGCUACAAACAGGGAUGUACUCAGUGAGCUGAUCAAGCUGCAUGGGAAUAAAUCCCUUGGCGGCAAGUUACCUGCUUAUGAUGGAAGAAAGAGUCUUUAUACUGCAGGUUCACUUGAGAGGGCUUUUGUUGGAAAUGGCAUAACAUUUGUGUCUGAAGUCCCAAAUAUCAUCUUUGCGGCGGCAGCAGUGGUCGCGGCCUCAACGGAGGGCCAGGCGGCCAAGGAAGCUCCUGACGUAAACCUAGCGCCGGCCUCGAAGAAAGGGCCCUCCCACCCUGUGCAGCCGGUCGCUGGGACAACCGACAAGAAGGUGAUGAUCCGUGCGAACCACUUCCUCGUUGACGUCGCCGACAACAACCUGAUCCACGACGAUGUAAGCUCCUCGGUUGAUUAUGAUGAGUGUGGAUUCAGUGAUACCUGUAGCAGCAGGCAGGCAGCUGUAUCACCAGAGGCACUUGUAAAAUGUGGUGAAGAGAUGAUCCAGGUGAGAAUUGAAUUUCCCCACAAAACCAUCCAACUUGAUGUCAAUAAGGAAGACUGCAUGCGGUCUGUUCUCUCAGAUUUCGAUGGUCCUGUGUUCUGGGAUUCUUAUUAUACCUACAAAGGAAAGAUUUUAGACCGGGACUCGUUAUUUUCGGAGUCAAAUAUUUCCAGUGGGUCGAAGAUUGUUGUGAAUCCUCGACUGAGAGGAGGUGCAGAUCAGGCAGGUCCUUCUCAAGGUCCUACAACCCCGCAAGUGUUGAGAGUGCCCAUGACAGCACACAUUAGGGAGCUGGGAAAGAAGGGCAAGUGGUUUGAGUCUGUGGAAAUCCCCAAAACAUUAUUGUGCUUUACACAUAGAGAACUAUAUGUGGUAAUGUUAGCCGAGGAUGGCAGAAUAACUUUGCUGCUUAUAUUGGAAUGUCUUGAGCGCGCCCAUCGGAGGGGGAAGUGUUAUCGAGGGCUGUUUGAGCAGAAUGACAUGUUUUUUGUGGAAAGAUAUGGUAUUAUUGAGAUAGAUGCUCUGGAGUACGAGCUAGAUGCCGAUGGAUAUAAGAAAGAUAAUCUGAAGAUUCAUGAUAUUAUAUCUAGGAAUAAGUAUUUUCAAUAUAAGGCCAAGGGUUCUUUUCAAUACCCUAUGCAUGUGGAGAUUCUUUCUAAAUUACUCAUGACAUCUGGUGUUGAAGAUGGGUUCUUUAUGGAUGCUGCCAAGAGGUCCUUAGUUCACAACUCUGCAGCUACCAUGACCCCUGAAAGGAGAGUUCAGAUCAUAACCUCAUUGAUGAGGUAUGCAAAAACACUAUUUGCUGACCAGAAACAAAGAUUCUUAGAAGCCUUGAAUUGUGAUCUUGUUGAUAACCCUCGUGCCAUGGAGCGAGAAAAUCCAAGUACUGCUGACUGGAGGGGAAGUAUUGCAGCCACUGGUGGAACUGCAACCGUGCUUAUUGACCGUCUUCACUACAAAGAUAAGGAGUAUAACAAUACGGUCUCAUCUUUCUUGGAUUUCUGCCGUUGUGUUUUCGAGCACGGUCCCAAAGAAGGGGUAACCGAGAAACAAUGUGAAGCUGCAUUGUAUGUACUGAAGAAGGGUUUCUUUCCUCAUAUUCAAAGGCAGCUGCUUACAGUUUAUAAAGAAAAUGUUGAAGCUAAUGAUGCAGAAGCUGCACAUAGUACCAGUGAGACACCUCUACAGCAAGUAAUGGGGAGACAUAGGCCAGCUGCACCUUUGAAGACUGCCGCUAUUGAGGUGCCAGCAAUUAAAAUUGUGAACAAAAACAGCAUUUCUAAAUUUUUUGACAAAAAAUGAUAUUGCUAGGUUCUGCUGCCGGUGUUUUAUUUAGGCAACCCGGCUGAAAACUGCUGUGCUCUUUGUGUGCGUGUAUGCUGUCUGCAAUUCUGCAUGUGUGAUGGCCGAUGGGCACUUCUGUGAGCAUCUGAUGGUGUAUUUGUGAUGGAUGAACCUUCUGCUGUUAUGCAUGUGUGUUGUGCUGCACGUGAUGCUUGCAGCUUUGAUGUUUUUUUCAGUUUUAAACUAAAUAUUAUUACUGUGUUUUGCUGCACCUGAUGUUGUGCUGCAGUUGUUGUUUUCAGUUUUA